UUAAAGAACCUACCUUCAUACGGUUAUUCUAUCGUGCAUUUUGUAAAAAAAAUUGUUCUUGUAUAACAAAUUACAACACGUAUCGCAAUAUUUGUCGUAAUAGGAAAUUUUAUUAUUCGAUGCUGUCAAUAUAAUCUCAAAUAUCAACUUUAAUAAAAUUCUUCAACUAUAACUAUGAAUAAAUUGUCGUCGAUUAUUGAACGAAAUGUGCGAUUGCAAUUAAGACGCCUAAAUACAGCAGUUACAAAAGAAAGACAAACAGCCGAAUAUUGUUUGCAAUUAGUUAGGAGAAAUGAUUACGAGAACUUUCUGUGCACAUUGUUACUUCCACAUAGUGUUAAAUCAGUGGCAUUUGCUAUACGAGCAUUUAAUGUCGAAGUGGCUCAAGUGGAGGAUCAAGUGAGCGACAAUAAGAUAGGAGCUAUGCGACUGCAAUUUUGGACAGAUGCUUUGAACAAUAUUUAUAACGAUCACCCUCCCAGAAAUCCUGUAUCACUGGAAUUACACAGGAUCCUCCAACGACAUAAGCUCUCUAAGCGUUAUUUCAAGCGUUUGAUCGACGCUCGCUUGAAUAAAUUAAGUAACUCGAUAUUCGUGGACUUGGAAUCACUCGAGAGGUACUGUGAUUAUACCGCAUCGUCGAUAUAUUAUUUGCUGUUGGAGGCGAAUGGUACAGCAAAUGUCAACGCAGAUCAUGCGGCCAGUCAUUUCGGCAAAGCACACGGUUUAAUCACCUCGAUACGGUCCGUACCGUAUAACGCUAGAAAACGAGUUAUUGUACUGCCGCAGGACGUUUUGCUGAGGAACAGCGUCUCCUCGGAAUCCAUUUUCCAGGGACAAUCGAGCGCUGGACUUCGAGACGCGAUGUUUGAAGUCGCGUCUUGCGCCAAACAACAUUUAAAAGUGGCAACGUCAAUUAAAAAGACAAUGGGAAAGGAUUUUAACGCGAUAUUUUUGCCGGCAGUUUGCGUGGAAAAUUAUUUAGAGGAAUUACGAAAAGUAGACUUUGAUGUUUUCCAUCCAACAUUACAAAGAAGAAAUGGUUUUCUUCCGUUACAAUUAUUUUGGAGAAAGAUAUGGUUUAGUAAUUAAAUAUUGAGAUACACUUAA